AUGUCGGACGAUGGCUCCGCUCCAGCUUAUGAGGCUCCAGCAUCUAUGCGCAAUGGCUAUGGCACUACCUCACUCGCAGUCGAUGUACACGGAGAUAAAGACGACCCCGCUUCACCAACAUAUAAAUCAAAAGAGCGUGAUUUCAUUGACAGACUGUCACGACAGCCAAGUUUCCUAGAGAAUUUGGCGGACUCGAGGGACUCACAGUUCCCCGUGCAGGAUAGAGGCGAGAUAGAGCGAUACUUUCACGGGCCCCGGAACAUGACUAAACACUCUAAAUGGCCGAUUGUCAUGCGAGUUCAAGGGAGUAUAAUGCCUCAAAUGAUCUUGCCACUAUUUCUAGUCGGUGGCUGGGCGACUCUGAUCACCUGCAUUUCUCAUUUUUAUCACAAUCUGGGCAUAAACAAUAUCCUGCUCACUGUUCUUGGUUUCGUGGUGGGCUUGUCAUUGUCGUUCCGUGGUUCUAAUGCUUACGAAAGAUGGGCAGACGGACGCAAGUACUGGGCCUCGCUGAUACAGACCUCGCGCAACUUAUCUCGCAUCAUCUGGGUGCAUUUCGGCGAAAGAGAGGGAGAGGAUGGAAAAGUUGAUAUACUAAGGAAGCGGUCUGCCUUGAACCUCAUCCUCGCAUUUGCUGUCGCUUUGAAACACAAACUUCGCUUCAAACCUGAUGUGGCAUACGAGGAUUUGGCGGGCCUCGUCGCCCAUUUGGAUACGUUUGCCAGUCAAGCCCAUGACCGCAGUGUCAUGCACCCCUCAUCAAAGACACUAUGGAAAUCCGUUGGAGAGUAUCUAGGGCUCUCGUUUGCCAAAUCCAAUCCACGAAAACUGAUCAAGAGGUCGAAGAAACCACUAGGACAUCUUCCCAUCGAGAUCCUGAUCCACUUAUCUGCUUAUAUUGAAUCGUGUGUGAAAAAUGGCACGCUCUCCCUGGCUCAAUACCAGGGCCAAGCAUUGACGAUGAUUUCCACGCUGAAUGAAAUAUUGACUGGAACAGAGCGUGUACUAGACACCCCUUUACCUGCAGCAUAUAGCAUUUCAAUCUCGCAAAUCUCUUGGAUUUAUGUGAUGCUUCUUCCAUUUCAAAUCUACAAAUUUUUGCACUGGACCACGAUUCCCGCUUCUAUGGUUGCGGCGUAUAUAAUUAUCGGCCUGCUCACCAUCGGCAGCGAGAUCGAAAACCCCUUCGGAGAGGACGUCAACGACCUCCCACUCACCACAUAUUGA